AUGUGGCUCUCGUCCUUUGCUGCCGACGCUCCAGAGCAGCACACGGUGCGUGCGACCGUAUGGAAUACACAGAGCUAUUGUGUAUCUUCUGCAGAUGAUCCACUUACCUUUAUAGCGACGUAUGACGUGACGUUGCUGCGUCGUCUGCGAGUAAUUCACGAUUCAUUUGUGAUGCUUCACUAUCAAGAGUGUAGCCAUGUCGGACGAUUGCGUUUAUUGCCAAAACCAAUCGUAAAAUCAAGUAUACAAACAACCGAUCAACUUGAUGUUAUCAAUGCAGACGUGAUACUAUCGCCACUGUUGGCUUUUAACCUCGGAAUUCCUUUAAAUAGUCAUACAAUUGUGUCAAUGACUAUUUGCGCUGCAUCGUCACAAGAAUUGGGACUCCCACUGCAAUUAUUACAGCCAUAUCAUCGGAAACAACAAGAGCAGCCUGCAGCAGCUUUAAAUGCCAUGAUUGCACCCCUUUUAGUCUCAAGUCUAUCAUGUGGCCAACAUGCUUUACUGCAACAACGUGAUGGACUUGUGGAAGCUAUUCGAAUCUACUUUGCAUCGGCUAAAGUUGUACAAAGUGGAGAUAUCUUUGCUGUGGAGCUACGGGAGACGACGCAGUCUCAUGUCCCCAAGGAGAAUGAACGAUACAAGGAAAACUAUGUGCCUUACAAAUGCGUAGAAAUACCUGCAACCUGUAUGGUGGCCAAAGACGGUGACACUGCUGAGUCAACGACAGAACUUAUGCCACCGACUUUGGAUUUGGACACUGCGCUCAUGUUUUUCCGAGUUGAAAAAAUGAAUGGGGAAAAUAGAGACGCUUUGGCACUGACGAUCUCUCAUACGACGGAGCUUUUGCAAGGGUCAUCGACUUCGGCCGUAUCGCCUGACGAAGCAACUAUUAAACAGUUCAUGAUACAGAGCCGACAUGGUGCUAGUGCACCCUCAUUUGACUCAAUACUCCCGUCCCCGGCUACCAAACAAAAAUUGUAUGAAGUGCUUUACCCAACACAGUUGUGCGAUAUCCCUGUAUCAGUUCUUCUUAGUGGUGCUCGCGGUGUCGGCAAGAGGACUCUUGUUCAUCAAGUAGCAAAGCAGUUGGGUGUGAUCACAAUGGAGAUACCGUUCACUGAGCUCACGGGGCAGUCAGAACUACAUUUGCUAGACAACGUACGGAGUCAGGUAACAAAAGCACAAGCGCUGUCACCUUGCCUCCUUUAUAUCAGCCACUUCUUUCCAGUCGAGAAAGACAAUGAGGAAGCAGAGUUGCGCAUCGGCGCCGUUCUCUCCGAGUGCAUUCGUUCACUCAGUCAGAACCAGCACAAUAUCCCGUUGAUUGCAGGCGUUGAAGACGUGGAUGAAGUGCCGAAGUUUAUCCGACAGUGCUUUCUGUACGAGAUGCAUCUUGAGGUACCAGACCAACCGAAGCGGCUUGAGUUCUUGCAGCACGUAUCAGCGUCUACAGAGCUUGAUGAGGACGUGGAUUUGGCGGAGAUCGCACAGCUAACAGCGGGCCGAACGUAUGGAGAACUCUCAGCUAUGUUGGCAGAUGCCGCUAGUCUUGCAAUUGAGCGAGUCCUUGGUGACGAGACUGACGCCAGUGAGCAAUCGUUGGAGGACUUGGUGUUUGGCGAUUCCGACGAUCUUCUCUCCCAUCAUUGUUCUAUUUCGAUGAAAGAUAUGGAGAAAGCUGUACAGAUCCAGCAAGCGCAGGCAUCAUCCGCUAACAUCGGUAACGCAUCGAUUCCAAAUGUGAAAUGGACUGACGUGGGUGGUCUGGAAGAUGUGAAAGAUGAGAUUUUAGAUGUCGUGCAGCUACCGAUUAAGCACCCGGAACUAUUCGCCAGUGGAUUGCGGCAGCGAUCUGGUAUCUUGUUGUAUGGACCUCCAGGCACGGGAAAAACAUUGCUAGCAAAGGCCAUUGCCACGGAGUGCAAUCUCAACUUUCUCAGUGUGAAGGGUCCAGAACUACUGAACAUGUAUAUUGGUGAAAGCGAGAAAAAUGUGCGGCAGGUCUUUGCAAAGGCUCGCAGCUGUCGCCCUUGCAUUCUAUUCUUCGAUGAGCUGGAUUCGCUAGCACCAAUGCGCGGGCGCGGAUCGGACUCUGGUGGUGUCAUGGACCGCGUGGUAUCGCAGUUACUGACGGAGAUCGAUGGUCUUAGUGGCGGCGGCAAUGACCAAGUGUUUGUAAUUGGCGCAACAAACCGCCCAGAUUUGCUGGAAACGGGUUUGCUGCGCCCCGGGCGCUUUGAUCGUCUGCUGUACCUUGGUAUUUGUAAUGAGAAAGCUGCACAGCUAAAAGUGCUACAGGCGCAGACAAGAAAGUUUACGCUGGCGGAGAAUGCUGAUUUGCAUGCAGUGAUUGAGCAUUGUCCGACUAACUUCACGGGCGCUGACUUCUACGCGCUCAGCUCUAGUGCACUAGCGGCUGCACUGAAGGAUCGCGUUGAGUCUCUGGAUCGACAACUUGAAGAAAUUAACGCGGAGGACUGCUACUCUUCCAGUCCCGUAACGAUGCGCUUGCUUCUCAAUCGAUUGUCGCCAGAAGAACUGCGUGUGUUCGUUAGUCAGAAGCACUUUAUGACGGCGCUUUCGCAGAUCGUUCCAUCCGUGUCGCCCGCAGAAAUCCAGCAUUAUGAGAAAUUGAGGAAGCAGUACAGCUCAAGGUAA